AUGGUACCAAAAUCAAAGCCUGUUGAUAAGAAGGAACAUACAAAGGAACAUGUUAAAGAACCUGAAGCUGAAAUGGUACCAAAAUCAAAGCCUGUUGAUAGAAGGAACAGACAAAGGAACAUGUUGAAGAACCUGAAGCUGAAAUGUCGGUUGAAAGAAAGAACCUGCAAAGGAACAACAGUCGGUUGCAAGAAGGAACCUGCAAAGGAACAACGAGUCGAAAAGAAAGAACCUAAAUCUGAAAUGACACCAAAACCAAAGUCGGUUGAUAAGAAGGAACCUGAAGCUGAAAUUGUAUCAAAAUCAGAGUUGGUUGAUAAGAAGGAACCUGCAAAGGAACAACGGGUCAAAAAGAAGGAACCUGAAGCUGAAAUGGUAUCAAAAUCAGAGUCGAUUGAUAAGAAGAACCUGCAAAGGAACAACAGGUCGAAAGAAGGAACUUGA